UCGCCGCCAUCUUUGUUGAUGUGUCAGCUCCUCGGGGGUGUUUUGGGGGGAACCCUGGGCUGAGAGGCAGCGGUCGGCCGCGAUCUCCACGCCUAACUUCCUUGCUCACCCCGUGUCCGCGGGACCCCGCCAUGGAGACUCUGGCCCCGGAGCCGGAGCUUCAUCGGCCUCGUUAGGGUGCGGCCCGAGCCGGGCGACGGACGGUGUGGAGCGGCCUUCACAACGUCUUCACCUGUAUCUUUGUGUGUGGAUCCUGUGGAGGAGGCUGAGGACCCGGAGACAGUGGUACUGAAACCCAAGGGUCUCUGCUGCUCUUCAGCCCGACUAAAGAAUUGUCCUUUGAUGCUGCUCAUUGAGGCAGCAUAGCUGAUGAUGGCUUAGGGCGGUCAGUUCUGAACGCCGUUCAUAGCUGCGUGGUGACCGUAGUAAACAGCAUGCUCAGCACAGCCCGGUGAGGAAGCCGAGGUGUGAUGGUUGGAAGCACAGAGCAGCCAUAUUUAGAAAGCUGUCUCUCCACUUGAAGGGGCCUAGGACUCUCCCCAGUUUACAGGAGUUAUCUGACUCACGAUCAGGAGCAAAUCUGAAGAAAUGCAGAGUGAAUUGGUGCCAGUCAGCACAUCAGAGACAGCGCCCAUGGCCUCCCUUUCUUCCAACGCAAAGACUGGGACAACACCUGAGAUAGAGGAGGACUCGUGUAGCCCGUUCCCUGGUGAUGAGAGCAACAAACUAGAAACCGAGUCUGAACUAUUGCCAUUGAACUCUGACAAAAUUUUAUAUCAACCUAAUGAACACAGUAGUCAAACUGAACAAGAAAAUUGUAUUCCAGACUGUGGUGCUGGUGAGAAUUGUGGAAAAACAGACGCAUGCCCAGAAAACUCUGAACAAGUAGAUGACUUUCCUGCUGGGGACUUUGCAAAACAAAUGUCAAAAACAAGUGACCCAGAACAGACGGUAACACAGAUACUAACAGAGUUAGGGUCACCUGAAUUUACAGAAGCCAGUAAUCCAAAGACUUCCUCAGCAAGCCUCUAUGAUACGGACUGCACCAGGAAACUCAUUUCUCAGAUAAAGACUGUUCCAGCAUCAGAUGAUUUGUUGGGAGAAAUCGAAUCUGAGCUCUUAUCUGCAGAGUUUACAGACGAACACCAAGUCCCAAAUGGAGUGAAUAAAGGGGAGCACGCCUUAGCCAUGUUUGAGAAGUGUGUGCACAGCAAGUACCUGCAGCAGGAGCUCACUAUUAAAGAGUUAAUUAAAGAAAAUAAAGAUCAUCAGGAACUCAUCUUAAAUAUUUGCUCAGAAAAAGACAAUUUAAGAGAAGAACUGAAAAAAAGAACAGAAACAGAGAAGCAACAUAUGAACAUAAUUAAACAGUUAGAAUUAAGAAUAGAGGAACUGAAUAAAGAAAUUAAAGCUUCCCGAGAUCAGCUAGUAGCUCAGGAUGUCACAGCUAAAAACACAAUCCAGCAGAUCCACAAAGAGAUGAGCCAGCGGAUGGACCAGGCCAAUAAGAAAUGUGAAGAGGCCCGUCAGGAAAAGGAAGCGAUGGUAAUGAAGUAUGUGAGAGGUGAGAAGGAAUCUCUAGACCUUCGAAAAGAGAAAGAAACACUUGAGAGAAAACUUAGAGAUGCAAAUAAGGAAUUGGAGAAAAACACUAACAAAAUUAAGCAGCUUUCUCAGGAGAAAGGGCGGCUGCAGCAACUCUAUGAAUCAAAGGAAGGUGAGACGUCUAGACUCAUCAGAGAAACAGACAAGUUAAAGGAAGAGAUCAGCUCUUACGUCAUUAAAGUCAAGUGGGCACAAAACAAGUUAAAGGCUGAAAUGGAUUCACACAAGGACACCAAAGAUAAACUCAAAGAAACAACUACAAAAUUAACACAGGCAAAGGAAGAAGCUGAACAGAUCCGGCAAAACUGUCAGGAUAUGAUAAAAACAUAUCAGGAAUCAGAAGAAAUUAAGUCAAAUGAGCUUGAUGCAAAGCUCAGAGUCACAAAAGGAGAACUUGAAAAACAAAUGCAAGAAAAAUCUGACCAGCUAGAGAUGCAUCAUGCCAAAAUAAAGGAGUUGGAAGAUUUGAAGAGGACAUUUAAGGAAGGCAUGGAUGAGCUCCGGACAUUGAGGACAAAGGCGAAAUGUCUAGAAGAUGAACGCUUGAGAACUGAAGAUGAAUUAUCAAAAUACAGGGAAAUCAUUAAUCGUCAGAAAGCUGAAAUUCAGAAUUUACUAGACAAACUGAAAAUGACAGAUCGGGUACAAGAGGAGCUUCAAAGUGGUAAACAAGAAAUCGAACAUUUGAAGGAAGAAAUGGAAAGCCUUAAUUCUUUGAUUAAUGACCUACAGAAAGACAUUGAAGGCAGCAGGAAAAGGGAGUCUGAGCUCCUGCUGUUCACGGAGAAGCUCACUAGUAAGAAUGCACAGCUGCAGUCUGAGUCCUGCUCUCUGCAGUCACAAGUGGAUAGCCUCUCCUGCAGUGAGAGUCAGCUGAAAAGCCAGUGCGAGCAAAUGACACAGGCGAAUGCUAACUUGGAGAGCAGAUUACUCAGAGAGGAAGAGCUACGGAAAGAGGAAGUCCAGAGCCUGCAGGCCGAGCUCUCCACUGCGCAGAUGGAAGUUAAAUCCCUGAGCACCCAGGUGGGGGAACUGAAAGAUGACUUAGUGACGCAGAGACGCAAACACGCCGCUAACGUCAAGGACCUUAGCAAACAGCUUCAGCAAGCACGGAAAAAGUUAGAGCAGACUGAGAAUGGAAGCUAUGAUAAGGAAGUCAGCAGCAUGGGAAGCCGCUCUAGUUCAUCAGGGUCACUUAAUGCUCGCAGCAGCGCUGAAGACCGAUCUCCAGAGAAUACCAGCUCCUCGGUGGCUGUGGACAACUUCCCAGAAGUGGACAAGGCCAUGCUGAUUGAGAGAAUAGUGAGGCUGCAGAAAGCGCAUGCCCGGAAGAAUGAGAAGAUAGAAUUUAUGGAGGACCACAUCAAACAACUAGUAGAAGAGAUAAGAAAGAAAACCAAAAUAAUUCAGAGUUACAUUUUACGAGAAGAAUCAGGCACACUUUCUUCAGAAGCGUCUGAUUUUAACAAAGUGCAUUUGAGUAGGCGUGGUGGCAUCAUGGCGUCCCUAUACACAUCCCAUCCCGCUGACAGCGGGCUGACUCUGGAGCUUUCUUUGGAAAUCAACCGGAAAUUACAGGCUGUUUUGGAAGAUACAUUGCUAAAAAAUAUUACUUUGAAGGUAUUUGUGUUUCCUAUUCAUUUCCCACUCCGUAAGUGUGGCACAAUGAUGCCUCUUCAUAGUUGGCUAGCACCAGCUGUUUACCUACCACAGGAUACCAUGGUACCCAGAGAUAAAGUCAGUGUCAGGCACUGAGGUGGAUUUUUCACUUCUCUGUGGAUGGCUUUUGCCAUAUGACUGUAAUUAAUUAUAAUUUUUUAACAUUAUAGUAUUUUAAGUGUAUUUUGUGACUUUUUUUCAGCUAUUGUCAGACCCAACUUUUCUGUCUUUGCUAUGUAUGGACCUUGAUAGCUACUAAUAGAUUUUUAAAAUAGUUUUUAAUCUUAAGUAAUCGUUAUGCAUUAAAACUUGACAUAGCUGCAGUGAAAGAUUAUAACUGGGUCAGGUGUGGUGGCGCACGCCUUUAAUCCUAGCACUUCUGGGAGGCAGAGGCAGGAGGAGUUUUGUGAGUUUGAUACAAGCCUGGUCUGUCUACAUAGUUCCAGGACAGCUAGAACUACAAAGAGAAACCCUGUCUCAAAAACAAGAACAGACCUAUUUCACUAAAACAUGUGUCUAGUUUAUAUCAGUAGCAAGAACUAGUCACUCAGUCUCACAGUUGAGGCAAAAGCAGUUCACAGGGUACUUGUAUUAUACUCAGUACUUCUGUUUUCUCUUCCCCACUUAUUAAAGGAAAAUCUGCAAACACUUGGAACAGAAAUAGAACGCCUUAUUAAACACCAGCAUGAACUGGACCAGAGGACGAAGAAAACCUAACACAAAAGUUCUUGCCCAGUAGACAGACAAGAGCCACAGAGCAGCAGGUGCCACUGUCCAGUGUCCUGAAACAGUCCUUGCUUUGUGUCAGCUAAUCAAAAAUUCGUUUUACUUCCCUGUGUGCUCUUUUAUGAGUGCAUUGACGUGUGUGCCAUAACUGUCAGCUCAGUGAAGUUCAUUUCUAUGCGGUGUAGUUCAGCCCUCUUGUCACCGACUUCAACAUCUAAUCCGCUUAUUGCCCUAAAGUGCUAACUAAACAUUAGUACAAGGGUUUCAAAAAAAAAAAAAAACUUUGCCAUCUUUCUUCCCUUAGUGAUUUCUUCCUUUGAAAGUGUUCGCAAAAAGGUGUUCUCCAUCCAUCCGUUCAUUGUUUCUGCAGCACAAAAAGAAACCUAGAGAAACCAUGAAGUUUUCCAGUUUUGAUCUGGACACAGUGAUCACCCUGUAGUUCUAGCUACUUCAAAGGCUAAGGAGGAUCUGGAGCUCAUGAGUUCAAAGCCAGCCAGGGCAACAUCCCAAAACCCCAUCACAAUUAGCCCUGAGUUGUGCGAUAAGGAUGGAUAUGAGUGCUUAAUUCUGAUUUUAAUGACAACGAGACAGAAAAGCUGGCUGUUGGUAACUAAUAGUGACCAGGCACUAUUUAUGUCUGUCAGGUUUCCUUAUUUGGCAUAGCUACAUUUUUCACAUUUAGGUUGUUUGAGUUACUAGUUGAACUUUUUAAAUCUCCAGUUAUACUUAAACUAUGAUUUUAAACAAUGUAUAUACUUAAAAAUGUCCUGUGGAUUUGUUAAACUUUAAAAUGUGAAGUGAAUCUAAUCAUUAGAACAGAUAAAUGAAGACUUUGAAACUGACAUUCAUUAGUUUUACUGACACUGUGUAGAGGUAAAUGACAGACUAAUGGCAGUGGUUCUCAACCUGUGGGUCGCAGCACUAGUAAAAGUAACAACCACUGGGUUAAGGGGUUUAUGAAGACCACAUUCCCAAGAGAAGCCAACACUUAGCACUGUUAACUUUUCAUGUGUGCACCCAUUCUUCAGUCUUGAUAGUUAAUUAGCAUAAUGAAACACUGUUUCCCCAAAUGUGAUGUUUCACAAUAUUAUUUAAAGCACAGUUAUAUCUUCAUAGCCAAAGGAACAUAGAGCCAAAUUGUUGUAUCUUGUUGGAUAUUUACAGUAUUUAAGAUGUAUAUUUAAAUGUUACCAAUUGUAGUACCAAUGUUUUUGUCAUUGAAUUUUUUUUCUCACCUAUCAGAACCUAAACACUGCAUUAUGUUCAAACCAUCUAUAUCCUGGGAGACCUUGGAUCAUAUUGGCAAGCCUCUAUUUGUUUUGUGUUUGGGCAUUUUUCCUCUUAAGGAACUUGAACUUAGGGGGUAGACCUUUAAAGAAUUGUAUGGGCUCUAGCGGGCAUAGUAACACUUGCCUGUAACCCCAGCACUCAGGAGGUACAGGAAAAUUAAAGGGCAGCCUCAAGAACAAAGUGAAUUGGAGGCCAGCCUGGGCUAUGUGAAGCCCCAUUUUAUAAAUAGAAUUGUGUGGGCUCUAAAAAUUUGGAUCAUGUCCUUUUAAUGUGUUUUAACAUUUCCUUAAAUCAACAUUCAUUAUAAAUGUAAUUUACUAAAUACUAGAUGUCAAUAUAGUGUCUUUAUGUGAUAUCUCUUGUUAUCCAAAAAGUAUCUCUUAGCUUCAGAGUGAAAAUGUGUUCAAAGUUGUUUUAUUUAUAAAUAGUUGUAAAAAGUAUUAGUCAUAAUGUCUUGCUCUUUUUAUUAUUAAUAAUUUAUUAGAAUAAAAAAUAGGGUAAGUGCAAUAAAUUUUGAAUUUCCCCCAUUUAUUCCUAGACAUGCUAUAACACUCCAAAGGUCUACAUAGCAUAGUCAGUUUAGCUACACUUCCCUGGUUUCUCAGGUGAUAUUGAUUCAUAAGUUAAGUGAUUGGAUUUUCUAAUUCCAAGACACAAACAUGCAUAACAGUGACCAAAUAGUGAUCAUGUCCACAGUAUUCUGUACCUGUGUAUGGAAUACUUUAAAUUAUAUAUAUAUUCAGUACAGAGUGAACAAAUAGUGUUAAUAUUUAUGCUACAUGUACUUGGAAAACUUAAUAAUGGAAUAAUUAAAGAUAUUACUAAAAGCCAUACUUUUAUCAUACUACUGUCUUUUUCCUAUCUCUGAGGCUUAAAAGCUGGAAAAGGAAUUUUUUUUUCACUUGCCAUCUCCUGUGUCCUUCCAUACAUGGUCAGGACUGAGCAAAGUAAUGUAUAAAAACGCGUGUGCUGAGGAAAGAACCUUCUGACUGAUUUAUAAACGGCUCCACUCCAGAUUUCCCGGGUCCUCCUACUGACUGAGUAUGUGGAGGAAAGAACCUGAGAACCCAGGGAGACUUGUUGUAUUUGAUCAUUGUUAGUUACAAAUGUGAAGGACUGUUUUAGUUAUUUAAUAAUACUUUGGUAUCCUUGGGCAAGAAAUUGUGUGUGUCUGUGUGUGUGUAUCUGCGUCUGUCUGUCUGUUUGUGUGUCUGUGUAUUUGUGUCUGUCUAUGUAUCUCUGUGUGUGUCUACAUCUGUGUCUGUGUAUCUGUGUGUGUGUGUCUGUCUGUCUGUCUGUCUGUCUGUGUGUGUGUGUGUACAUUUUCCCUGUUCUCGUUUGAAAGUGAAUGCUCAUCACUCAUUUUUCCCUGAACCCCCUGUUUUGGUUGUUAAAACAGUCUCAGGGGUUGAACAUGGUGAGUUUGGACAGAAUGAACAAUCGUUGGUUAUUUUGUUUUGUUGUAUGUAACUAUUUAAAGUGGUUCAACAAGACUACACAUGUCAUUUAUUCAUUUAAGAAAUAUAUUUGCAUAAUAGACACCUUGUCCGGCACCUAGAGGAACUGUGGUUAUGACUUUCCAGUCUCUAGGAACUAGUGGUCUCAUGACAACAGCAGGACAGGUCUUCAGACCUCGCUCCCGCGUUAGCCCGUUACUGGGCUGAGAAGAAAGUUGAUCGAUUUGCACGGUAGACAGCUCGACAGACCCAGCCCGACCUGGAGCUCUCACUGGGGAGCAUUGCGAGCACAGUGCUGUUUCCAUGGUGCUUCUGCACAUCUCACUUGGUAAGGGGAAACCUGAAGACCAUAGCAUGGUGUUAGACCUUUAUCACCUGCUUGACAUCCCAAAUGAGUCUGUCGUUCAGCCUUCCAAAUUCUCUCUACAGGAUGUCGAUUAUUUUCUAAAUAUUUUUACAAGAAAAUUUAGGCUAAAAUCUGAAAGAAAAAAAAACUCAGAAACUAUUAAUAAUGUAAAUGUGAUAUAUGUUGCUCUGGUAAGGGUAUUUUUUAUAAAUAAGGUCAUUCACACCUUGGGACUGUUGACUCUACUAAUCUGCUUUUCGAGAUUUUUUUUUUUUUUGUCCAUCGAGGAGUUCACACUGACACUGUUAAUCUAGUUGGUGGCACUAGUGACUGGAAGAUUGUCAGAGGUGAACAAGAGAAAUCAUUGAGAAAGCAAACUAAAUGAAAACUUAGUUGCAUAUUGAAAUGUAUAUGUUUCUUCUCGAAUGGACUCCUGAACUGUACACGGCUGUCCUUCGUGACCGCGUGGACGUCCACGUUGUAUAGCUACCCCUGGAUUACACUGUGCACUCUGUACAUACUCUAUAUAAAGCGAUGCUCUUCAGGGGUCUGUAUAUUCUGUACCUUAUUAAAUAAGCAGUGCCUGUUU